AUGCCCAACCUGCCUCCUGCCGUCGUCGUAGACAAUGGCUCGGGCCUCAUCAAGGCCGGCAUCGCAGGGGAGAAGAAGCCGUUGAUCAUCUAUGCCAAUGUGGUCGGCCAUCUCCAAGACAAAGCGGCGUCAGGCCAGAAGCACUGCUAUGUUGGGAACGAGGCACAGGCCCGGAGAGGGAUCCUUUCCAUCAGGUACCCAGUAGAGCGGGGCAUCAUCACGUCCUGGGAAGAUAUGGAGACUGUGUGGAAGAGCAUCUACGACCAUGACCUGCAGAUGCGAACCAGCGAGCAGCCCGUGCUGCUGACCGAGGCGCCGCUCAACCCUUUGGCCAACCGAGAGAGGAUGACCGAGCUCUUCUUUGAGCGCUUUGACGUACCAGCUCUCUACAUGUCUAUCCAGGCCGUGCUGGCGCUCUACGCCUCAGGGCUCACCACGGGCUGCGUGGUGGACACUGGCGAUGGCGUCACGCACAGUGUGCCCGUCUUUGAUGGCUACUGCUUGCCCCACGGCGUCCUCCGGCUCGAGCUGGCCGGCCGCGACCUCACAGACUACCUAGCGCGGCUCCUCAUGGACCGUGGCGCUUUGCUCGUCUCCACAGCCGAGGAGCAACUCGUGCAAAACAUGAAGGAAAAGUUAUGCUACGUGUGCCUGAAUCUGGAGGAAGAGAUGGCCAAGAAGCCUAGCGAAGUGGAAAAAACCUUCCACCUUCCCGACGGCAAUGAAGUUAAGGUGCACAAUGAAAGGUUUCGUUGUCCGGAAGCCCUCUUUCACCCUCCUACCGUUGGCGUGGAGGCACCGGGGAUUGACAAGCUCUGCUUCAACUCCAUCAUGAACUGUGACACGGGCCUGAGGAAUUGCUUCUACUCCAACAUCCUCCUGGCCGGCGGCUCCAGCCUCUUCCCUGGAAUUGCUGAACGCCUGAUCAAGGAGAUGGUUCCCAUGGUUCCGGGUGACGCGAGGGUGAGAGUCAGUGCUCCUCCCGAGAGGAAGUUUUCGCCAUGGAUGGGAGGCUCCAUCCUUGCCUCCUUGAGCGCCUUCCAGCACAUGUGGAUCACUGCGGCUGAGUACAGGGAGGCUGGGCCUAACAUGGUGCACAGAAAAUGUUUCUGA